CCAUCGCCACCGCACCGAUCAUGGAUACUGCUCCGCCGCCGGCCGGAAACAGUACGACGGAGCAGCGAACAGAAUACUUCAAAUUCUUAUGGAAGUGGCGCAAAUACCUGCUGCUGCUCGCCAUGCUGGUUGCCAGCGUCACCUACGCGGCCGGUCUCAACCCACCGGGCGGCGUUAGGUCCGACGAGGAGCCGGCGCUGUCGGCGGCCCGCCAGAAACGCAUCGGCGACCCGGUUCUCCUGGCCACCAGCCCGCGUCGGUAUGCCGCCUUCUUCUACUGCAACGCCGCCGCCUUUGUCACGUCCCUUGUCGUCAUCAUGUUCCUGCUGGACCGGCGCAUCAGCGGCAACCGCGUUGGCCUCGCCGUGCUCAGCUCUGCCAUGCUGCUCGACCUGCUCGCCCUCGUGGCUGCCUUCAUCGCUGGGAGCUGCCGCAACGUGGUCGCGUCCAUCUACGUCUCGGCGCUGUUCGCCCUCGUCUUCGCCAUCCUCUGCGUGUACAAAGACCGGAGGAAGGCGGCGGUCAGGACAAGCGUGGACAAGUUCCUGAUGCUGCUCUCCACCUUCGCGACGCCGCUGACCUACGGCGCGGGGUUGUCUCCGCCGGGAGGCUUCUGGAGCCAGACCGAGGCCGGGCAUCGCGCGGGCGCCCCGCUGCUGCAUGACGGGCCCUACAAGAUCCGCUACAAUGUCUUCUUCUACGCCAACGCCAACUCAUUCGUGGCGUCCCUCGCCAUCAUCAUGCUGGUCAUGAGCAGGACGGCCAGCGGCAGCAUCAUCCGGUCGUAUCUGUUGUCGGUGUGCCUUCUGGUGGAGCUGCUUGGCCUACCAGCUGCCUUCGCCGCCGGUAGCUCCACGAGGGUCGACACCACCAUGUACGUCGUCUGCCUCGCGGCUGCGGCGCUCCUCAUGAUUGUGCUGCAGGUGGCGGCCAUGUUCCUGCGUACCAGGAUGCUCAUGUGCAACACUUCGCCAGGACAACCAGACGCAAACGGGAUUCGGGCUAAUGGUCAGGAAGAAGACGGAGACGAAGAAGAUGUCAUCCGUGUGGAGAGGACAAACAACAUCGAAAAUGGGCAGGUAGGCCACAUGGUGGAGUCGCGGUCAAUUCUGCUGCUGCUGGCAACGCUCGCAGCGACGGUGACGUACCAGGCAGGGUUGAGCCCGCCCGGCGGCGUCUGGCCGCAUAACAACGACCAAGGGCAUCCAGAUCACAUCCCCGGGAACCCGAUCCUCCUCGACAUUCACCCCAAGAGGUACAAGGCGUUCUACUACUGCAACACGGCGGCGUUUGUGGCGUCGCUGGUUGUCAUCGUCAUCGUCCAGAGCAACGAGCUGAGCUCGGGCACCACCAUCAGGCGGGUCACGCUCAAGACGGCCAUCAUACUGGGUCUGUACGGCCUCAUGGGUGCCCAAGUCGCCGGGAGCUCCCCGGAUGCCCCCACCACCAUCCAGUGGCGGAGCCAGCUAUCUGGCAAGGCCUGGCAGCUGCCACACCUAAAUUUGAACCAAAUGUACUAAUACGCCUAUGUGCUAGACAUGGACCUGGUACUACAAGUACGU